AUGAAUGAAGAACUUCUAAGAAAUUCACGGCCACUACUCGAAUGUCUUGAUGCUCGAUCGAUAAAUCAACCGAGAAGAAAACGUCAAAACAUUCAACGAAUUGAUAGCUCACGAUCGCAUGACGAACAUAUCGAUGGCUCACCUGUAAAAAAUGACAUUGGUCGAUCGACAAUUGACAUUUGCGAACCAACAUCGGAACAUUUAAAUGCAUUACAAAUUGCUUUUAAUAAGAUUCUUCAUGAACGAAUUUUAUCAGAAAAUAGUUACAAAGUACGACAAGUUGUUUUCAAUAAAUUACAUCAAUUGAUCCUGUCUACACGACCAGAUUGUCAAAUAACUCUCUAUGGAUCUCUACUAUUCGAAUGUUGUUUGGAAAAGCCUGGAAUUAUGGAUAUUGAUGUGCAAUUUAAACAAAUAUUACAAUAUGAUACUUUGAAAGAAUUACUUGAUAUUAUCACUAAAAGCGAUUUGUGUAAAGAAGCUCGAAUUGAUACUGAACAUAAACCAUCUUGCCUUGAUUUGAUCAUUAAUGAACCGAAUAUGCGUGUUCGAAUAACGUCUGGAUACAUUCGUGGAAUUCAUCUCUCGAAAUUAAUUCGACUAUAUACAAAAUUUGAUUCGCGUCUCAUCAAACUACUUCGUCUAUUUCGAAUACUUGCGAAAAUAUGUAAUAUCGAUAAGCCAGAUUUCGGUACACUUCAUCCAAUUGUCUUUCAUCUCAUGGUGAUUCAUUUUCUUCAGCAAGUCGAGCCUCCGGUUUUACCAUGUUUACACGAAUACAUAUAUGGAAUUGAUCAUGUACCAAUAACAUUGAAUGAAAAUCAAUAUUCGGAAUUCUUUCGGUUUGGUAAUGAAUAUUCUCGAGAAUGGAAAUCAGCAAACACAACUAAUGUUGAAAUGCUGUUUCUUCAGUUGCUUUCUUAUUAUAUGAAGACAUUUAAUUCCAAGCAAUUCGUUGUUUCAAUUCAAACGCGAAUGCCAGUUGUAAAGAUUGAUAAAAAUUGGCAUAGUCGAAAACUACUUGUCGAAGAUCCCACGGAUAUCAAACGAAGCUUAUGCCAAACAAUGCAGGCGGCUCGAUCAUUAAACUAUUUUCGUGAUACUUUGAAUACUGCAUUGAACUAUUUCGGGCGAAAACAGAAAAAAAUUAGAAAACCUCAAGUAAAUUCAUCUACGACUGACGAUGAUUGGAUCGAAGUUAUUGCUGAAGAUGAAAAUGAAAUUCCGAGUAUAGCUCCAAGCAAUGGUUUGCAUAACUCGUAUCAAUUAUUUUAUAAACGUUUACCGACAACAAUCGUUCGGGAUGUAAAUAUUCGACAAAAUCGUGUGAGAGAUUGUUACAAGAAGGCAUUCGAUCAGAAAUUAUCUGAACCUUUGAUUAAAUUGAACGCGAUGGUCAACCAACAGAUAGAGAGUAGUCAAGAGAAUGAAGUUGAAGAAGCAUUUCAGCAUGAUUUAGAACAAAAUUUCGAAACUAUGGACGCGAAUGACGAUGAGCAGAAUGUUCUACUUAACAAAAUCAUUUCGGUUAAUGAAGAAGACGAGAAUUUCAAUACAGAUUUUCGGGAACUUCAAAUCGAUAAUGAAAAAUCAUCAACAAUUGAACAAUCGUUUUCGUCAACUUGCGAAGAUGAAAAAGUGAACGAUACAUCAAUGGCGACAUCUGGCAGAGAACCAGAAAAUGUGGUCAAUGAAUCGGUAGAUUCAUCUUCACAAGAGCCGUCACCUUCUGAGUUAUUUUAUGAUUUUCAAGCCGACAAUUUCCAUGCUGAACAAGGUGCACCAUUCGUUUGUACAACAUGUAAUGGUGUUGGUCAUUUAAAAUCCGAAUGUCCAGAUCUAAUCGUUCCAAAUCUUAUCGAUCUACCAGAGCUCACACAAGAAUGGCUCGCCAUUCUCUCCCGAGUAUGCCACCAGGUCACAGAACGAUGUCAACCGACAGCAACGGAUAUUGAAAAUCGUGAGCGAAUCUUGAAACAACUACAAAAGCAGUUUGAAAAAGAUUAUCCUGAUUGUAAUCUACAUGCGUUUGGGUCAUUCUAUAAUGGAUUUGGUUUUCGACAAAGCGACCUUGACGUUUGCAUUGUUUUCAAAGAUCAGCACGAAGAAAAUACCGAUGAAGUAAUUCAAGUGAUGAGAAAGCUGUUGAGAUCAAUGAGAUUGAAUGCAGACACAUUCGAAAAUGUUCAACCGGUUUUACAUGCAAAGGUGCCAAUCAUCCGUUCCAAGCAUCGACGAUUACAAAUCGAAAUCGAUAUCAGUUUCCAUAACAUGCUUGCAAUUGAAAACACUCGAUUGUUGAAAACUUAUACGAAAAUUGAUCCACGAGUUUCUCAACUUGGUUAUAUGAUCAAACAUUUGACAAAGUCAUGUGAUAUAGCUGAUGCAAGUCGUGGAACGUUGUCAAGUUAUGCAUACAUAUUAAUGGUCAUUCAUUUUCUUCAACAGACUCAACCGCCAGUUUUACCUGUCCUACAACAACUUAGUGAUGAUCCGACAAAGAAAGAUCUGAUGCUCAAAAAAUGUUCCGUAUGGAAUGUGUACUUCUAUGAAGAUUUAUCGAAACUUAAUACCCUGUGGAAGAGUGAAAAUGAUUUGUCCGUCGGAGCAUUAUGGGUUGAAUUUCUGCGUUUUUACACCGAACAAUUCAACUAUGAUGAGCAUAUUGUGACAAUCCGACAAAAAGAACCUUUAUCGAAACAUGAAAAAGGAUGGUUUCGACAAACAAUUGCAAUCGAAGAUCCGUUUGAACUGAGUCAUAACUUAGCCGGUGGUUUAUCCGUUCGAAAUUGGACGAUGAUUCGACGAGUUUUAAUUCGUGCUCGACAACAAUUUGGUGUGCAAUCCAAAGACAUUGAUAGUUCAACGUCAGAUGUCGAUUUAAUCGAAUCAACUCUAUUCAAUGUUGCUGAUCUAUGUCCAAGCAAUGCUCCAAAACGCUGUCCUGAAUGUAAAGGACCAUAUCACAUUCGUAAGCGUUGUCCAAAAUUAAUCACACUAGCAAAUGAAAAAGAACGACUAAAACGAGUAAAUCUUCCUCAACAGCAACAUCAAAUGUUAAUAAAUAAUUCUUAUCCAUUAUAUUCAAAUAUUCCUCCCAAUGCCAAUUAUUCUCAAUAUUCUUUCAAUCCACAGCAUUAUUAUCCAACUAAUGGAUAUGCAUAUCCCUAUCCAACUUUACCACCACAACGUAUUUGGACACAACCAUAUUCCAAUGACCAACCGAUGAUUUAUCCAGCAUUCGCUUAUCACACAAAUACAUACCAACAAUCGACCAAUUUCAAUCGUUCUUAUCAUCCAAAUAACUCACGAAGAUUUUGCUUCAUAUGUGGAGAUCCAAGUCAUAUAAGAGCUCAAUGUCCUCGUAUUUAA